AUGUGCACACGAAACACGGGUGAGUAUCAUUCGAUAACUGACUUCGUUCGCUCCAUGUUCCUUUUCCCCCCACCUACAGUUGUCCAAACUAGAAAUGGGCCGAGCGGCAGUGGCGGCGGCGGUGGCGGCGGUGGUGGCGGCAGCGGUGGUGACGGCAAUGGUGGCGGCAGCGACGGCGGCAGCGGUCUCUAUAUCGUGCGCCUCCACUCCGCGCUCCCCCUCGCCGCGUAUCGCGGAGCCGUCUCCAGCUUCUCCGGCUGGGCGGACGACAACGAUGACGACGAGAGUAGCGACAGCGCCGCCCGCCCGGCAGGGCUGAUGGCGACGGCGGAGGCGGUGGACGAAGAGGUGACGGCGACGGGCGGCAGGGUGCCGCGCCGCGCGCGGCUCAGCAAGAACAACCCGCAGGUUAAGGCGUACGCGCAGAUGCUGCAGACGCAGCAGGCGCAGAUCGCGUCGGAAGUGGGCGUGGCUUCGGACAAGAUGGCGUACAGCUACAAGUACUCGUCCAACGGCUUUUCGGCGGAGCUGACGGCGGAACAGCUGCGGCGGCUGAAGCGCCACCCCGCCGUGGCGUCCGUGCGCCCGAGCGCGCGCAAGCGCCUCUUCACGACCGAGUCGCCCACCUUCCUUGGGAUGAACAGCGCCGGGUCGCUCUGGCCCGCGAAUGGCGGGCAGGCGAAGGCGGGCGACGGUACGGUAAUUGCCAUCGUCGACACGGGGAUCUGGCCGGAACACCCGUCGUUUAGCGACACGGAGUUCUCCUCGUCGCGGCCUGCUGGGUGGUCGGGGAAGUGCGACACCACGAAGGAUUUUAAGUGCAAUAACAAGCUGAUCGGUGCGCGCGCGUUUUAUAAAGCGUAUAAAAGCGCCAACGGGCUGGAUCUCUCCGGGGAUUGGCUGUCUCCGCGCGACGCCAACGGCCACGGCACGUGGUCUCUCGUCUGUGCCCCUCUCCCUGCUCCUCUCCCUGCUCCUCUCCCUGCUCCUCUCCCUGCUCCUCUCCUUGCUCCUCUCCGUGAACCCCACCCACCGACACCAACUUUGACGACAUCACCUUCCUCAACGCCAAUUUUGUGCGCUGCUCUCCCCUCCUUCAUCCCCUGUUCUCUCUCCGCGCUCUACGUGCCGAACUCUUUGUGCCACCCUCUGUGUGCCGCCCUCUGUGUGCCGCCCUCUGUGUGCCGCCCUCUGUGUGCCGCCCUCUGUGUGCCGCCCUCUGUGUGCCGCCCUCUGUGUGCCGCCCUCUGUGUGCCUCCCUCUGUGUGCCGCCCUCUGUGUGCCGCCCUCUGUGUGCCGCCCUCUGUGUGCCGCCCUCUGUGUGCCGCCCUCUGUGUGCCGCCCUCUGUGUGCCGCCCUCUGUGUGCCGCCCUCUGUGCGCCGCCCUCUGUGUGCCGCCCUCUGUGCGCCGCCCUCUGUGUGCCGCCCUCUGUGUGCCGCCCUCUGUGUGCCGCCCUCUAUGUGCCAUGCGCCCACCUCUCCUCACAUCACACCUACUUUGACGACAUCGCAUUCCUCAACGCCAGCCUGGUGUGCCUCUCGUCACCUUGCUCUCCUCAUUCGCUCACCUGUGCCUCUCGCCACCUUGCUCUCCUCAUACGCUCGCCUGUGCCGCUUUCCCUGUGCCGCUUUCCCUUCCUUGCUCCCUUUCCUGCCCACCUUCCUGCUUCCCGCCUUGCUCCCUUUUUUCUCUCCUCUCUGCUCGGUGUCGCGCACUCUCCUCGCAUCUCGCCUGCUUCCACAUCGCACUCCUCAUCGUCAACGUGCUGCCGCUCCCUCGCCCGAUUGUCCCCCGCUGCUCGUUUUUCAACGUGGUGCUGCUCGUUUGUCAGCGUGGCGGGGGUGGUCGUGACCUUUGCUGCGGGCAACGACGGUCCCCCCCAAGGAUACCGCUCGCUCGACAACUAUGCACCCUUCUACCUUACAGUGGGCGCCAGCACCAUCGCCCGAGGCGGCCUCACUCUUGCCAGCUCAGCGGGCGCAUCCAGGUCAGCAGCAGCAUCCACCAAUCUGACGUCAUCCUCCGCCACACCCUCCGCCAAGCCCUCAGCCGGCGAUUCCGCGCCCAACGUGGCCGAUUUCUCCUCCACGGGUCCCCUCAUCUUCCCAGACAUCGGCACCGGCGGUGGCCUGGCCACCGACUCAAUCUUAAAGCCCGACAUUGUCGGCCCGGGAGUGGACCUCUAUGCUGCUGCCCCGGGCACGCGCGUGGGCGACAAGGGCGGGUCGGCUCAGCUGUCCGGGACGUCCAUGGCGACGCCUCACCUGGCGGGGAUUGCUGCGCUGGUGAUGCAGAAGUACCCUUCUUGGAGCCCCGCGCAGGUCAUGUCUGCCAUCAUGACCACAGCUACAACCAAGGACGUCAACGGCGCUGCCAUCUCUAGUGCCGCCUCAGGGCAAGCCGCCACGCCAUGGGAUAUGGGCAACGGGCAUGUGUUCCCACCCAAGGUUCUCGACCCCGGGCUCACGUAUGACGCCCGGAAAAGCGCUUAUCUGAAUUUCCUGGCCGGGCUGGACAUGCAGAGGACCCGGUCAGAGUACCCGAAUGAGAAGCUCACCUCUGUGCCUCCCAGAGAGCUCAACCGCCCCACCAUCGCACUUGCCAGCCUCAAAGGCAAGAUAAAAGUCACACGCACUGUCACCUGUGUCGCUGACUCUGCCUCCACUUACACUGCCAAGAUUCAGAAGCCUAAUGGGGUGGAUGUUACUGUGAAGCCCAGCAGCUUUGCCAUCUCGCCUGGUCAGAAGGUCAGCUUUGUGGUGACCUUCAAGGUUACUAAAACCUCAAAAAACUUUCAGUAUGGGAGCCUCACUUGGGUGGACGAAAAGGGUCACUCUGUUCGGUCGGCGAUUGCUGUAAAGCCUGUCAGGAAGUGA